CCAGCACUUGUACCUUUCACCCAAAGUACAGCAUCACCCAAAACAUCCACAGCCGAGCAUCCGGGAUGGCAGAAAACGGAGUGAUAGACAACAGGCAGACAGACAAAAAACUUGCAGCGUUGUUGCCUAAUCCAGUUAAAAAUCUGGGUUUGAAAUAUACCAAGAUCUUCAUCAACAAUGAGUGGUAUGAAUCUGCAAGUGGUAAAACUUUCGCCACAUACAAUCCAGCAACCGGCAAAAAAAUCUGCGAUGUGGAGGAAGGUGACAAGGUUGAUGUGGACAAAGCAGUGGAGGCGGCAAGAACAGCUUUCCAGAGGGGUUCCCCGUGGAGAAAGCUGGAUAGUUCAGGCAGAGGAAGACUCUUGUACAAAUGGGCAGACCUUAUUGAACGUGAUCGUAACAUCCUGGCUACCUUGGAAACCAUGGAUACUGGCAAACCCUUUCUGCAGUCAUUUGCCAUUGAUUUAGAGGGCUGCAUUAGAACACUGCGUUACUAUGCUGGCUGGGCUGAUAAAAUACAUGGGAAAAGUAUUCCAGUGGAUGAAGAUUUUGUUCUGUUUACAAGGCAUGAACCAAUUGGUGUCUGUGGGCAGAUUACUCCAUGGAAUUUCCCGCUAUUAAUGUUUAUUUGGAAGGUGGCACCCGCACUCUGCUGUGGGAACACUGUGGUAAUUAAACCUGCGGAGCAAACUCCUCUAACAGCACUUUAUAUGGGAGCUUUAAUUAAAGAGGUGGGGUUCCCUCCAGGUGUAGUGAAUAUAGUGCCGGGAUAUGGACCUACUACCGGGGCUGCCAUUGCCUGCCACAAGGACAUUGAUAAGGUGGCGUUCACUGGAUCUACUGAGGUGGGGAAAUCCAUAAAGGAAGCUGCCUCUAAAAGUAACCUGAAGAGAGUCACCCUGGAAUUGGGAGGAAAGAAUCCGUGCAUUGUAUUUGCAGACUCCGAUUUGGCUUUGGCAGUGGAAUAUGCCUACCAGGGAGCAUUCUUUAACCAAGGCCAGUGCUGUACAGCUGCUGCCCGGGUGUUUGUGGAGGAGUCAGUGUACGAGGAGUUUGUGAGGCGCAGUGUGGAGCACGCCAAGAGGCGAAUUGUCGGAAACCCAUUCGAUCCUAAAACCGAACAAGGACCCCAGAUUGACCAAGAUCAGUUUGACAAAAUUCUGAAGCUAAUACAAAGUGGCAAGAAGGAAGGAGCCAGACUGGAAUGUGGUGGGUGUGCGAUUGGAGAUUUGGGCUAUUACAUUCAACCCACUGUGUUCACAGACGUUACAGAUGACAUGAGCAUUGCCAAGGAAGAGAUCUUUGGACCGGUGCAAGUUAUAAUGAAAUUUAAAAGCAUGGAAGAGGUUAUUAAACGAGCCAACAACAGUGAAUUUGGAUUGACUGCAGGAGUGUUCACAAAAAACAUCGACACAGCACUGACAGUAGCCUCUGCCCUCCAAUCGGGAACUGUGUGGAUUAACUGUUAUAACGCUCUCCACGCUCAAGCACCUUUUGGCGGCUUCAAAAUGUCCGGAAAUGGAAGAGAAAUGGGUGAAUAUGGCCUGACAGAAUAUACAGAAGUUAAAACUGUGACUAUCAAAAUUUCACAGAAUAAUCACUAAGCCGCAAAGAAAAAUAAAGCACUUGGAUACGGCACUAAAAGAUAUGACACCAGCUCCUGGAAGGAAUUAGUGACACCGAAAAAUCAAGCUAAAUAAUU